CGCCGUACCCUCCCUCGGCGAGCGCGGAAAGAUACGUCACCCGUGCUGAAUUCGAAGAACUCAAACAGCAUUUGUUCCGUAUCGAAAACGUUCUGUCAGUAUAGCGUCAUCCCGACAGCAGAUGCUUCGCGAAUGAACAAAGAAGUCGUAAAUGGAACCACAACCUCCCCUCCAACCACAUCCCCUGGCAUAUUUGCAAGCUAUUUACACAGCGUCCCGCCGCAAUUCGCUCCCAGUACUUCACCAGGUAGCGCAAACCCAAGUGCAUUCUCGAACACUCCGCCCGUGACGGGACAUGCACCAUCAACCUCCACGCCUCAAGGUGCAGCAGCAGGCGCAACGGGCGGUAUCGCCCCGGCAAGUACAACGACAGUUAACCCAGCUCCUACUCCAAGCAACGCAAAUAAAGUGUCUUCACGAAAACGAGCAUCUGCAAAUGGUAUUGCACAGAAUGGGACUGCCGGUCAAGCGGGGACCUCUGCUUCCGUUUCAAUAUCAAAGCAAGCUCGUUUAGAAGGAGCCAAGCUAGCUCGUCAACACCGGCAACAAUCGGCGGCGCCUGGAAUGGGACGCACCCCAUCCCGAUUACUGGGGGUCGCAUCAAAUCCGAAUCAACCAACACCUCAAACGACAUUGAUGGACACUACUCUGGACGCAUCGAGGCAGCAUCCCAUUUACCGCCCGGAUCCUCCUACAGCGGCAGCCGCUGCUACGGGUACCGAAGUCGGCGAUGACGAUGACGAUGACGAGGUGGAUGCUGACGCUGACGCUGAUGGGGACGGAGACGAGGAAGGAAUGAAUCCUACUGCGGCGAACGGGACGGGUGUUGGGACAACUACACACAAUUCGACAACAAAAGUCGCCAAUGCGAUGACGACUAGAAUGGAUGGUCUGACGACAUGACAUGACAUGUUCGUUUGGGACCUCUUCUGUUUUCUCCUUGUAUUCGCUUGAAAAUGCCCCUCGCCUACACUUCGCCAUCCUACAUUAUCUCAUCCGGGCGCUUUGCAACCUCAUCGCCCAUAAACUUCGGACUAGGUCUCAAUAUUCGAUUGGUCCUUUUGUCUUCUUUCCGCACUCGCCGUCAUGACUAUUGUAGCAUUAUAUACAGCCGUCUAUCAGAAAAGAAAGGACGAGUUUUGAUUCCUGAUAU